ACAAGCGGCAUUACGUCGCGAGAUCUCGUCUGUGACAUACGUACGGACAGUAUCGGUGUCGCGACAGAACACGUCCAUGGGAGCGAAGCGGUUAAUAAUAAGUGAUAUAUAAAUUGUGGCAAUUAAUUAAUCGUUUUAUCUCUAAAUACAUACACAUAUCUUUAAUAUUAAUAUUAUGGCACCAAGAAAAAAAUAUACGUUAUUAAACAUGCAGCAACGCUUGGAUGUCUUGAAGGAUUUUCGAGAAACAAGAUUGUCAUCUAAACAAAUUGGAAUGAAAUAUGGCGUUGGAAUCAAAACAGUCCGACACAUUUUAAACAAUGCUACAAAAAUUAAUGAGUUUGCAGAUAAAAGUAAACGCGAACUUAAGCGACAAAGAAUAAUAGAGCCAGUAUAUAACGAAGUGGAUAAACAAUUAUUGGCAUGGUACGUGCAAAGAAGAACGCUUGGUGACCGUAUAACAGACAAUCUCAUGUUACAAAAGGCGACGGAAAUAAAAGAAAAUUUGCCAUCAUGUUCGCGAUUUAAAGUGAGUCGUGGCUGGUUAAUCAAAUUUAAAAGACGUCAUGGCAUACGCUUAGUAAAGAUGUACGAGGAGAAAGGUAAUGCUGAUCAGGAUGGAGCAGAUGCUUUUGUAAUUAAUUUUAAGAAAAUAAUAGAGGAAGAAAAUGUAAAUUUAGAGAAUGUUUACAAUAUGGACGAAAGUGGACUUGUAUGGAAGGCUCUUCCAACGAAAACAGAAGAACAAAAUCUUAGUGGACAUAAGGCGAAAAAAGAUAGAAUUACAAUUGGCCUAUGUGCAAAUGCAUUAGGCACACAUAAGAUUAUGCCUAUUGUAAUUUACAAAUAUAAAAACCCAAGAGCUUUGAAACACGAAGUUUCGUUACCUGUAUUCUUUAAAUCGCAGACAAACGCAUGGAUGGACAAAACAUUAUUUUUAGAUUGGUUUGAAAAUCAUUUCAAACCAUCUGUAAAACGAUAUCAAGAGGAAAAGCAAAUAUCAGGGAAAGUAAUCCUAUUGUUAGACAAUUGCGAAGCCCAUAAAGUUUCGCUACAACAAGAUGAAGAUUUUAAAAUUAUAUAUUUACCACCCAAUACAGCGUCUAUUCUUCAACCGAUGAAUCAAGGGAUAAUAGAGAAAACAAAAAGGGUUUUCCGCCAGAAACUCCUGCAACGUGUUUUAACGUAUGAUGGGGGAAUAAAUGAAUUUUAUGCCGACUACACAAUAAAAAACUGUAUUGACAUUUUAUCCGAAUCCUGGUCAGAAAUUACACAAAGUGACAUUAAAAAUGCAUCGAAUAAGAUUAUUAAUCCUGCUGGUUGUUCCAUUCGGCCGAAAAUAGAGCUUGAACCUAAUUGGCAGUGCAUGAUGAGUGAGAUCACAGGAGAACAAUGCACCCCGGCGUAUGUUACACAAUAUUUCUUAAACUGCGAGGAAGCAGAAAGAGGGGACGAAAACAUAGAAAUAAAAGAAGAAACGACAGAAAUACAAGAAGAACCACAAGAAAUAAUUUAUGAAGAAAUUGGGGACAAUGAAUUACGAGUAAUAUUUGACAGAUUGACAUUUUACAGUGCAAAAGCACCGACUUGCAUACAAUGCAUGGUACAGGGACUAAAAAUAUUUUUCUUGGGCAAGGAAAAUUGAAUAAGAAAACAAAGGAGAACCAUCACCGUUGGCCAAGUUACUACACGAUUCCAUGGAUGAUAUGCCACAAAACAAUUUAGUAUAGAAUAUCAUUUUUCAUUUACCUAAUUAGCACAUAUGCAUAAUUAUGUAUAAUAUCAAUGCAACUUUUGAAUGUAAACAUAAUGAUUACACUUGUGAUAAAUAGAUUACAUUAGUAUAUUAUU